GCAGAGCUGCCUUUGAGCCCUGACUCCUUGGCUUCCUGGGUCGGAGGAGAUCUUGUAAUGGAGUGGUUCUUCGUCUCACACUAGCAAGAUGCCUGAUUUCCUCAGGAUCGAGGGAUUGAAGAAUGUCCCGGGUUCCACUGGGGAAAGUCCUCCUGAGGAAUGUCAUCCGGCAUACAGAUGCUCACAAUAAGAUUCAGGAGGAGUCAGAUAUGUGGAAAAUAAGAGAACUGGAGAAACAGAUGGAAGAUGCCUACCGGGGAACCAAAAGGAAAAUGUUACCCAGUAGUUCAAGCCGGAUGCGUAGUGAUGGUUUUGAUGAAGAAAGUCAAAGAGACUAUUGGAGGCCAAAGACUGAAAUUUCUGGGGCACUGGAAGAUGACUUUCUUAAGGCUAAAUCCUGGAAUAAGAAGUUAUAUGAUUAUGAAGCUAAUAUGCCAGACAGAUGGGGUCACAGCGGUUACAAAGAGUUAUACCCUGAAGAAUUUGAAACAGACAGUAGUGACCAGCAAGAUAUUACCAAUGGAAAAAAAACAUCUCCCCAAGUAAAAUCAUCUACCCACGAGUCUCACAAACACAAGAAGUCAAAGAAAUCCCACAAAAAAAAGCAGAAAAAAAAGUCACACAAAAAACAGAAGAAAAGCAAAAAGGAAGCCACAGAUGUAACAGCAGAUUCCUCAAGUGAGUUUUCAGAAGAAAUGGGGGCUUCUAGUACCGGGAAAAGGAAACAGCCACAUAAGCGCAAGAAAAAAUCCAGGAAAAAGUCGCUCAAGAAACCUGCUUUAUUCUUGGAUGCAGAAAGUGAUACUUCCCAGUCCGAUGAUUCCGCAUCCAGCAGUUCUGAGGAAGGCGAGGAAAGAGACACUAAGAAAACCAAAAGGAAAAAGAGAGAGAAAAAAGUCCACAUCCCUGUAGUUAACAAUGAAAUACAGGAGAGGACAAACAAACGCACAAAUUGGAAAGUGGCUACAGAUGAAAGGUCUGCAGAGAGUUCCGAGGAUGACUAAAUGAGAAAGAAACAUUCUUCAUUUGCCCAUCUGACUGGUUACUUGCAGCUCUGUCACCUUGGGGUUUUGCCAGUGACUCUAUUGCCCAGCACAGGGGCCCUGAGGUCAGAGCUGUCCUGUGCCAUCUAUAUAUGUUCUGCCAGACUUGUCUUGUUUUGGCCUGUUAAACUUGAUCCUCUUACUGUUAAUAGGGAAUCUGGUAUUUUGUUAUGAAGUUUUCUCGAAGAGAUUAUUUUUUGCAAUUAAUCACAUUUAGGGUAGAGUGCAUAUACAGCAAAUUAAAGGACCCAGAAAGCUGAACCCAGUAAUGACCUGGGUACACCAAUUGGAAUGUUGAAUCUGGGGAAGGGCAAGGGUUGGGAUCGAGAGGUGGAUUGGAACCGGUGCUGUGUAGAAUGCUGUAAGGGAACAUCGUGUUGCUAUCUUUAUAUAGCAGGUGCCAGGACUUAACUUUUUGUGUCUUCAGCCUUGGUGCUUUGAUCUUUCUGUAUUUGGCCCCUUUGAUAUGGUCCAGUUUAUUUAAUGAGAAAAAAUGUAUAAGAACAAGAUAUUUUUCCUUCCUAACAUCCAUAGACCGCUGUUAUGAGACUAGGGUUUUUUGGUCAAAUUUCUCUGCUGGACAGGGUCUGUGGCUACACUCAGUAUACCCCUAAACAUGGUAAUUGGAUAGUAAAUGGUUUUCUACUUCCUUUGUUGUCGAUUGCCUAAAUGGCCUUGUGUUCAAAAUUCUUUCUUCGGUUGUCUUAAUCCUCAACCAAAUGGGAUAAAGUUAGGAAUUGGUCAUGCUGUUUAAUGGUGCUCUGAACAGGAUUCAGGGUUGCAACUGCCAUUUAAAUGUUAUCUUCCUUGUUCAUUUCUAAAUCUAUUAAUGAACUUUAGAUUUUCCCUGAAGUUAUGUUGAAUCAGUUCCAAAAUGAAACAGGCUUCUCAGGGAUGCACCCACUUCUUCCCAGUCAGCCUUCUGAUUAAAGCACCAAGCAGAGACCGUAUUAUUUCCCUUUGCUCUAUACUGUGAUCCCUACUGUUAAUUCUUAAAAAAAACAAAAUAUCACUGAAAAAAAGCUGGUAGAACACAGGUGAGUUUUUUCAUUAUCACGGAAUGUCAAGUGACAUUGUUUUUCCUGGUUGUCACUUCAUCGGCUGAGUAGAAAACUUGAAAACCCAGACUUUUGGUCUUGGUUCUGCCACUAACUAGUUAUGAGGUCUGAACAGGUAAGUUAACCUUCCUGGCCUUACCUUCCCCAUGUAGAAUACAGAAAUACUUCAUGGUAGCAUGACAGUGUUAAGACACCAGCAAUAGAAUAGAACUAUAACAACAUUCCAUGAGGUGGUAAUACUUUGUGGUUCUAACUACUAAAUUUGUUCUUUCCAGAACAGAUUUCUAAUAAAGUGCUUAGUCACAAAAUACAUGGUUGGCUAGAGGUUCUCAUCCCUUGAUUAUAAGCAGGUGCUACCUUUGAGGAUAUUUACUUGAAAUAUUAAUACUUUGGUACUCAA